AUGAAAGACGAUAAUGAGACUAAGGGAGCAAGAUCACCUAUUCCCGUAUUGACGGAACACCAGAAAUCCCAGUCGCCAGGUUCUACAGUCAUCAAGUCACCACUCGAAAGCGAUUUUUAUUCUGCAGCUAAGAUAGAAGAGAAAAAACCAAAAACAUCAAGUCCAACAUCCAUUGAGCCGAAAGCGUCACCACCUAGAUCUCGAUCUCCAAGUCCUGUGGUUACUGGACUGUACUACGAAGACGACUUCUACUUAUCGACUUUAAAAGAGGUUGAGAAGCCUCGAACGCCAAGCCUGGUAAUUACUCAAACCCAGAAAUCGCGAUCUCCAAGUCCCAUUGCCAUCAAACCCCAAAAUGGAAGCGAAUACCAGGCCUCACCAUUUAAAGAGUCUUCGAAUGCUGGGAGCGUUGUGGACUCUACUCACGUUACGUCGAGGUACCAUAGUGACGAAGAAUCAUCAAGAUCGUCAAGUCCAGCUGAGAUCAACACGAAGAAGCGUCCGGAUCCCAUUGGAGGCAUUGUGACUGUGCCAAGUCAACAAUAUGAUGAGGAGAAAGCGAAGACUGUUCUCAGGGAGGGAGAAGAAGCGACUUUAGAAAGUGGUGAUUCUACGGACUACAGUUUGGAUUCUGCAUGUGGUGAUAGUCUUCUACCGACCAUGGAUGAGAAUUCCUAUUUGCGUUCACAAGUUCAUCCACGAUUUGUUUUAAUGGAGCCAUCAAAAGGAUCAACUGUUGGCGAUUACGAAGUAUGCCUCUACGGCGUACAUCUCGACAAGGCGGUGAUGCUCCACGCUCAGGUCUUCAUUGAUGUCUACAACGUGCCAAAGGAGAAUUGGCGAGUGGUGCCUGGUCAAUGGCCAUCACUGGCACCAGACGCUACCCACUGUCUCCUGAUUCGAGUUCCACCCAUGCCACCCGGUGAGGCGUGGAUUGAGGUGGAGACUUUGAACGACGGUCGUUUGCAAUGUCCACGACCUUUCGUAUUCACCGAUAACUUCUUGAUGAAACAUUCGAUGCGCGGAAUGGGUGGUCAAGUCGAUGCGGCGUCUCCACCAACUAUACGCAAACCAGCAUCGUCAUUUGCGGAUUUUGAGCUCUCACCCAAGGAGAAGGUUGCCAAACUGCAUGCUAAAAAUAAUAAAGACAUAGACUCCGCAAGGCUGGAGAUUUCGAAACUAUACAAUGAAAUAAUGCAUCUGAAAGUGGAGUUGCAAGCUAAAUCGGCUGAUGAAGUGCGUGUUGCGCGUGAGCUCUGCAUUCUGCAAAACCGUCUGUUGGAGGAUGGCCAUCUGAAGUACCUUGAAAGAGACUAA